UGUCUGUGUGUACAGAUGGGAGGGCAGGUCUCCAUACCAGACGGGGUCCACGUGGUGGUGGUGGGCGGAGGAUUCGGCGGCAUUGCGGCGGCGCAGAAGCUGAAGUCUCAGGGGGUUCCUUUCACCCUGAUCGACAUGAGGGAGGCGUUUCAUCACAACCUGGCCGGGCUCAGAGCGUCCGUGCAGCCGGGUUUUGCUCAGAGGACCUUCAUCCCGUUUGCCAAGACGUUUGGAUCCAGUUUCGUUCAGGGCCGCGUGGAGAAUGUGGACCCGGAGCGGCAGGCGGUGAUCCUGCAGGGUGGGAGGGAAAUCCAGUAUUCCCACCUCAUCCUGUGCACCGGCACCGACGGUCCGUUUCCUGGGAAGUGCCACUCCGAGUCGUCGCUGGAAGCCAGCGUGCAGAAAUACGAGGAUCUGCUCGGACAGAUCCAGGAGGCAGACUCGAUUCUAGUGGUUGGAGGCGGGUCGACCGGCGUGGAGAUGGCUGCUGAAAUCAAGACGGAGUAUCCGGACAAGAAGGUCCGGAGUAGAUGA